CCCACCCCCGCCCAGGCUCCUGCACCGCCCCCGGCACCGCUUCACCCCCCUCCCGGCGGCGGGGUCCGGGGCUGAGACGUGUGUGUGUGUGUGUGUGUGUGUGUGUGUGUGUGUCCCGCGAAGGCAGCGCCAUGUGAGCGGGACCCGCGCCGCCGCCUCAGCAGGCACGUCCAGGAUGUGAGGAGCCGCCCGGCCGCCUGCACCCUGUCCCCGGGCCGGAGCCUCACCGGCAUCCAGCCCUGCCCCGAGCCACCAUGACCGAGGUGAAGGCCAAGGAGCCCAGGGCGGCUCCGCCUGCCAGAGACGGGGCGGUCCUGCUGCAGGGCCAGCCCGGCCGAGACCCCUUCGGCAGGGAAGCGGAGGACAUCGACAUCUCCCUGGACGGGCUGCUCUACCCCAAGAGCAGCGACGACGAGGAGGAGGAGGAAGAGGAGGAGGAAGAGCCGCGGCAGCCGGGGGAGGAGGAGGAGGACCGGGACUCCCUCUCGUACCAGCCGGGGAGCGGCUCGCUCUCGGACAAGGACUCCCUGGACACCGUCCUGGACACCUUCCUGGCCCCCGCGGCUCAUGCCAGCCCCGCCGUGGCCGCGGCUCCCUGGUCCUUCUUCGGAGCGGAGGCGACGGAGGCGCCCGACGCCGCGAUGAGCCGCGGCCCCUCGCAGAAGGCGGGCGAAGCCUCCCCGGCGGCUCCCGGCCCCUCGCAGCCCCCGCCGCGGCCCUCCCCGCUCUGGCCGGCCGCCGACUCCCUGACCGCCGCCGCUAAACCGCGGCCGGCGGGGCCGGGGGGCGGAACGGCGGGACCCUCCGCGGCCCCCAAGGGCGAAUCCCCCGGGCUGGCGGCCCUGCCCGCCGGCGGGGCCCGGCCGGAGGCGGCGGGGCAGGAGUACCUGCAUGUGCCCCUGCUGCCGCUCAACUCGGCCUACCUGGCCUCGCGUACGCGGCAGCUGCUGGACGUGGCGGAGUACGAGGGCAGCGGCGGGGGUGGGCCGCGUUCCUCGCCCCCCGCCCCGGACCUGGCGGGCUACGUCUACCCGCCGGCGGAGGCCAAGGAGGGGCACUUCGCCUACGGCGACUUCCAGCCCGCUCUGAAGAUCAAGGAGGAGGGUCUCGGCCUCCCCGCCCCGUACCCGGGCGGCAACCCGCAGCCCCCGCGGGCCGGGCAGGAGCCCUCGCUGGAGUGCGUCCUCUACAAGACGGAGCCCACCCUCCUGGCCGGGGCCUACGGGCCGGCGGCGGCUGGGGCAGCGCCGCCCGACAGCCUGCCCUCCACCUCGGCCGCGGCGCCGGGCCUCUACCCGCCCCUGGGUCUCAACGGGCACCAGCCCCUGGGCUUCCCGGCGGCGGUGCUGAAGGAGGGCUUGCCCCAGCUGUGCCCGCCCUACCUCGGCUACGUUCGGCCAGAUACAGAAACCAGCCAAAGUUCUCAAUACGGUUUUGAAUCGCUGCCCCAGAAGAUUUGUCUCAUCUGCGGUGAUGAGGCUUCUGGUUGCCACUAUGGAGUACUUACCUGUGGAAGUUGUAAAGUCUUCUUUAAAAGGGCAAUGGAAGGGCAGCACAACUAUUUAUGUGCUGGAAGAAAUGACUGCAUAGUCGAUAAAAUCCGUAGGAAGAACUGUCCUGCGUGUCGCUUGAGGAAGUGCUGUCAAGCCGGUAUGGUCCUGGGAGGUCGAAAAUUUAAAAAGUUUAACAAAAUUAAGGUAGUGAGAACAUUAGAUGUCGCGCUCCAGCAGCCAGCAACUCUUCAAGAUGAAAGCCAAUCCCUAACCCAAAGGCUGUCCUUUUCUCCAAAUCAAGAAAUACAGUUUGUUCCCCCAAUGAUAAGUGUUCUGCGAGGCAUUGAGCCAGAAGUCGUCUAUGCUGGUUAUGACAAUACAAAACCCGAAACACCAAGUUCCUUGCUGACGAGUCUAAAUCAUCUUUGUGAGAGGCAACUUCUUUGUGUAGUCAAGUGGUCUAAAUUGCUACCAGGAUUUCGGAAUUUACAUAUUGAUGAUCAGAUAACCCUCAUCCAGUAUUCCUGGAUGAGUCUAAUGGUUUUUGCAAUGGGAUGGAGAUCAUACAAACAUGUCAGUGGUCAAAUGCUAUAUUUUGCACCAGAUCUGAUUCUAAAUGAACAGAGGAUGAAAGAAUCAUCGUUCUAUUCCCUGUGUCUAUCCAUGUGGCAGCUCCCACAGGAAUUUGUCAGACUUCAAGUUAGCCAAGAAGAGUUCCUAUGUAUGAAAGCACUGUUACUUCUCAAUACAAUUCCCUUGGAAGGUCUAAGAAGUCAAAGCCAAUUUGAUGAGAUGAGAACAAGUUACAUUAGAGAACUGGUGAAGGCAAUUGGAUUGCACCAGAAAGGGGUUGUGGCCAACUCGCAACGUUUCUAUCAGCUUACAAAACUGAUGGAUUCCAUGCAUGAUCUAGUCAAACAGCUCCAUCUCUUCUGUCUGAACACCUUUCUCCAGUCCCGCGCACUGAGCGUUGAAUUCCCCGAGAUGAUGUCGGAGGUGAUUGCUGCCCAGCUACCCAAGAUUCUGGCAGGGAUGGUGAAACCUCUUCUCUUUCACAAAAAGUGAAAUGUCUUUUCUCUUAUCAUAGAGAUGAUUUCUGGGUCAUUUGUUUUGUUUUGUUUUGUUUAUUUUGGUCAAGAUUUUGCAAUGUCAGGACUUUGGUAUAUUUGUCAUACUUACUCUGCCUACUGCUUUAUACUUGUAACAUACACAAGCCAUUUAAGCUUGAUGUACAUAUUGUGAGUUCCUGAUUCCUUAACUGCAAAAAUCACAACAGUCAUAAGAAAUGUUUUGUAAACUUGGCUAGGUUGCUUUUUAGACACGCAUAAGAAUGACAAUGAGUAGAGUUUUUGGAUUUCUAAGAACAGUUAUCUUAUACAUUUUUCUUACAUAUUACACUCUCUCAAAUUUCUGGUAUGACAUGGUUUAAACUUUUUACUUUAGUAGUAUGGGUACGUGUGGGCAUGUGCGUAAUGCAAGAUUUUGGAGGAAUUAAAAUAAAUAUUGCCCACAUUUUCUCACGGAUAUUUCACUUUUUAUUAACUAAUGUGCCUCACAGAAAGAUCCUUUUAAAUUCAGCUGUCCAGGAUUCAGUAGACAUCACUGCAAAUACCUUCGUGAGUGACCGAAGUGCUAGACACAAAAUAUACAUCCGUAUUCUUGUCUGUGCUCGUCCUGCAUUGAAACUCUGCGUUCAGCGUACUGAACUGUACUGCACCAUUCACUGCAGCUCUCCUUCAAAAACCGGAAAGCUGUGGAAAAUUUCAGUGUAUAUUACACCAGAAAUAACAUGUAUGCAACCCCCCUUAGCUUUGGUGCGUGUUAUUUUCCUUGAAAGUUCAGCACUUACUAAAGCUAAAUCACUUAGCUGUAAUCGUAAAUUCAUCCACUUUAAAAUUCUGUAUUUCAGAAGCUUUAAAUAGAGAUGUUUUCACUGACUACAACUCUUCAUAAUCUUAAUGUUUCGAAUUCCAAUGCUGAAUACUUAAACAGCCAUUAACAUCAAAUUGUAGUGAGAUCAAAUUCAAAAAUGAAUGGAAAAUAUGACUACAAACAUUUUGAUACACAGCAGACAUUUCAGUACUAUUUAGUGGAGCUGCAUAUUUUAUAUUUUAAAGGCAUGCCAUUAUAAUUGGGGUAAUUGUAAAAGAGGAAUUGGACUAAAUUAGCUUUAUACAUCCAAGAAGAGUGUAAUGUUUUCCCAUGGAAAUGAAAUAUUUGAAAAAUUAUAAUGUGGUGGUGUUUGUUCCUUUGAUACAGACAUGAAGCAACUCAUGCAUUUAAGGCAGUAAAUUGUUGAUAUAUUCAAACAACAAAGAAACAGAUAAAGCCCACGAAGAAUUUACGAGUCUAUUAAAAUACAAAAAAAAUUGCCUGUAACUACGAAUGGUAAUCAAAUUCUCUAACGACGUAGGAAAUGGUGAGUCUUACUUGUGUCCUUGCUGGCCAUCCGCUUUUGCUCUUCCCUGUUACAUGCUGGAUGCAUCCGUCAUGGGAUGGCAUACUGCGGAUGGCGUGUAACUUGGUCUCAUUCCUUGUCGGGUGAACAAAGGCUCACUGGCCAUAAGUUCAGUGGACCAUAAGUCAGGGUGCCCCUCAUUAAAACUAUAAAUGGCGUUACUUGUUCAUAAAAAUUACAUCCUGAGUCUUGAAAAAAAAAAGUGGACAACUAACAAUUAAAGUUAGAUCUAAAAGUACCCUUACCAUUUACAGUUUCCUAAAGCCAAUCAAGAAGAAACUACAUUACGAUUGGGGAUAAAAACAUUUUUGAGAUUCCCACAUAGUUGUACAAAACCCUUGAGUUGGUGCAAAGAUGUGGCCCCGGAUAAAAUGGUAUAAGCAGACUUUUGUGUUAGUUGUCUAGGUCCGUCAUUUCUAACCGCCCGGACACAAGCAAUUUCUUUCAUAUUCAAUGCAAUCUGACUUUUAACUGUGAUCCUUAA